GUCAACAGACGAAAAUUUCGGAACAGAGUGCGACGAGACGAGGUGGGCGUCACCAGUGGAUGUGCCGAUGUUCUGUACCGAAAGCAGAGGUGCACAUUUAGAAAGCCCACUAACUGAUCAAAAAACGUUACCAUGAAGAAGCUUUCAAAAGUGGGUGCAGUAUUGCGGCUUCUUUUUGUUGCUCUUGCGACUGUCGGCUACGGGCAAGAGAUUUUGUUCAACGCCAAAGUAUAUACCGUGGACCCUGCCAAUCCAGAAGCCGAUGCCAUUGCCUUUGACCAGGAUGGGAUCAUUGUGGGAGUGGGAACUUUUGGCAGUCUUGUCGCACAGUUUCCGGAUUAUUUGCAGACGGACUUGGACGGCCUUCUCGUUCUGCCUGGCUUCCAAGAUGUGCAUCAACAUCCUGUCGAAUAUGGUAUUAACAGCCAAGUAUGCGAGAUAGGUUCGGAAGGGACCAUUGAAGAUAUUCCAUUUUGGUUUGACGAUCCCGCUUGUAUCAACGGUGGUGUAUUUGGUGAUCAAGGAUGGGUCAUGGGAGCUGGUGUCGACUUGGAAGCCAUUGUGUCCGAGUUGGAGUCGAAUCCCAAUGCUCGCUAUCCCAUUCAAGUGCUAGAUGAAAGCUUUCCAAAUACGCCCGUGGUGAUUUUGGAUCAACUGGGACAUGGUGCAUUGGCUAACACUGCAGCGAUGCAGCAAGUAGGGUACUUGGAUGCCACUAGCGAUCCACCUGGAGGACAGAUUCUACGGGAUCCUGACGACGGCUCUGCCAUUGGAAUUGUGACGGAAAACGCGCAACAGAAGCUACGAGAAGCAGCAUUUCCUCCCACGGACGCCAACAAGGAGACUGCCUACCAAGGUUUACUUCUGGCCUUGGAGGAACUGGCAAGCAAUGGCAUCACUACUGUCUCGGAUGCGGGAGGAUUUUGGAGGCAAGCCCAAACAGAAUCUUGGGCCAGAGCUGAAGAGGAGGGGGCUUUGACCGUGCGAGCAUCCAAUGCCCUUUACAUCUACCCGGAUGAACCCAUUGCAGAACAGAUUCCAAAGCUCCAAGAACGUGUUGAUGCCUACGCCAACUAUGAGUUGGUGAGAUUCAAUCAGGCUAAAAUUUAUGUCGAUGGUAUCUUGUCGCUGUCGACAGGAAAGCUCUACGAUCCAUAUACGCUGGAUCUCUAUCAGCUCUAUCGAGAUGACACAACUGCGGCAGGCCAGUGGCGUGGUUUCGAAUACUUUGGAGAUAACGUAACUCUCAAUGCCGUCACCGAGGCUCUUGUGAACAUGGGGUUGCAAAUGCAUUUCCACGUGACUGGAGACCACGGGGCAAGGCUUGCGCUGGAAGCCAUUUCGGCGGUGCAACAAAGUGGUACGGCUUCCAUUGGCCCUCAUCGGCUAACCCAUUGCUAUAUGGUGGAUGAACUAGAUCGGCCUUUGUUUGAAGAGUUGGGGGUCGUGGCAGACUUGCAGUUGGCGCCCACAUCUCUCACGGCUGACUAUCAAGCGACAAUGACAGACUUUCUGGGCGCAGAAAGGGCCGCCACGCUGCUUCCAGCUGUGGAACUGUACGAAGCUGGAGCAAUGAUCACUCUCAGCAGUGAUUGGGAUGCCGACGAUCUGUCUCCUUUGGUAAAGAUGCAAACAGUGUUGACUCGAACGAUCGGAAGACCAUUUCCUGAUAUUGAAACUAUUAUACCGAUGUUCACGCUGAACGGUGCCAAACUAUUGCAGCACGAUGAUCUGACGGGAAGUAUUGAAGUAGGCAAGUAUGCCGACCUCGUAGUCCUUGACCAAGACAUUUUCAAUCUGCCGGCGGAUCAGAUAGCAACGGCCAACGUAACUCUCACGUAUCUGCAAGGUGAAGUAAUUUAUGAUGCUGACUCGCGAACAGGUCCAAGCAUUCCGCUUGGGUCUGGUGCUCCAAACACCCCGAGUCCAGCCACGGGAAGCCCCCAGCCUGAAGGUUCUCCCAGUCCAAGUCCUGCGAUGGUCACAACACAGCUUCCAACCGUAUCAACAACGGGGAGCCUCCAGCCACUCCCUGCGAAUGCCACAACACAGCAGCCGACAAUGGCAACCACUCCGCCCCCCUCUUCCGUCGGCAACUUGACUUCACCAUCUCCGCCACCAGGGCAGCAGUCCAAUGCCUCCAAUGUGUUUGAUCAUGGCGACACGGUGAUUUUCCUAAACAAUACGAACAUGAAUGGAACGACCAUCAGCAUGCCAUUGGAUGAAUCAUCCACUCCCGGGCCAACGUCUGUCAAUGGCACGGAGACACCCGCCAGUGCCCCGCCCACAACAGCAAGCAACAAGACGGAACAGCCAACAUCGGUGGCAUGUUCGUCUUGGUCGAUGUGGUUCUCGUUGAUACCAUGGCUAGUAGUAAUGAUAUCAAACCUGCCCCACGACAAGCUCUUACAGGGAGCUUCGUGAAAUGUGCGCAACUUGAGAGGAUCCGGAUUGUCCCGCAGCCUCCUUGGGGUGUAUCCUAUUACGGUACGGUAUGCGUCCACAAUAGGUACUAGUUGUAGUGGAUAAAGACAGACAGGCAUUAGUGCCCGAUCAAUGAUAGUCCACACGCUUUUCCGGCCCCGCUGAAGACACCAGCAAGGAUGGUUGGCGUCUGUUGUUUUUCUCU